AUGAUGGCUUCCUCCACCGUCUUCUCGGCGAGGCGCAGGCCGACUCCGGGAGACUCUGACGAUACCGACAUGAGCACACCGCGCUCUGCCCCCGGGAAGCGGAUUCCGAGCUCAGAGUGGGAGAAGAAGAGGCCCAUCAUCACCCGCCUGUAUCAGGAGGAGAAGCGCCCGCUCAAAGAGGUCAUGGAGAUCCUCCAGCGUGAACACGGCUUCACUGCGACCGUCAAGAUGUACAAGUCGAGGAUAUGGAAGUGGGGGCUUGACAAGAAGCUCAAGAGCGACGAGGUCCUGGCCAUCCUCAUCAUCAAGACGGAGCGAGACGCCCAAGGCAAGGCUUCCGAGUUCACCAUCCGAGGCCAAAAGGUCGACCUCGACAACAUUAAUCGCUACAUCCGACGGAAUCCAGGACUGGUAGCUCGCUUCCGUGCUGGCGAACUGCCCAACGUCAAUACUCACAUAGAGGUCAACUGCCGAACACCAUCACCCGCCCCGAGUCCGUCAUUACCGCCGCCUCCGGAGACUCUCCGCGUCGAGCAGGUCCUGGGCCUGUUUAGAAAUUACGUCGAUGCGUCCUUUUCCAGCGGCACCUGGAAACACGAACACAACGUCUACUGCGUCAGCCGGAAAUCGAGGGACCAGGGCGAAGAGCUAUUCGAGCGCGUCAUAACACUAUUUAGCCUCGUCAACCGAUCCAUGAUGCGGUAUGACGAUGUAUCCAUCACACAGGUCCUGAGCCCGGCCUUUGAGUCACUCAGGGUGUUGAUAGGCUCAGAGAGCCCCAUCUUCGUCGUUCGCACAAUCUGCCUCGUAUGGUACCUCAAUCGACAUCACCAAAAGGACCUCACCAAGCUCGUCAUGAGCUACGUCGCUGGAAUGGUGCCCGUCAUCCUCGGCCAAAACAACCCAAUGUCCCGGAUAUGGCAGAUUCUAGGAUCCCAAGAGUUCUCGGAAUUCUACGAGCUUGCGACACGACUCUACGCUUCCCUCGUGCCAGACCUGGAGGAACGAAUAGGACCAGCAAAUUUAUUGACCACAACAUUAUACGGCGACCAUAUUGACUGUCUAGUCAGCAACAACAAAGAGGCCGAGUCAUUAGAAGUAGCCACGCGAUAUCGAGCAAAGAUGGAUGCGACUGGGAAACGUCAUAGCUGGCUAUCCGAGAUUGCGAUUACCCAAACCACCAUCCAGUGCACAGUGAAGAGCGCUGAAGGGAGGAACGACGAGGCCAUUCAAUGCCUCCAGAACCUCAAAGAAUACGACAUGGACGAUGACCAACAGGCCGUGGUGGAUAUCCAGCUGGGCAACUACAGCUACCGCAUGGGCGACCUUUCCUCUGCUGUCCACUGGUACCGAGAAGCAAUGCGACUCCUGGGCACACCUGACGGCGACGAGCGCUUGCUCGAGACGUGUCUCGCCAACCUGGAGACGGCACUGCACAAGCAGGGGGACCUUGAGGAGGCGCGGCGGUUACAUCACUAUCGCCUGGGCCGAUUAUCAGCAUUCGCAAAGGACUCGAGCACCUUUGCAAGCCUCCCCUACCCAAUGGACAAGACCAACGACCAGCCCGAGGUAUCUACCGCGCUGCUCAGCCCCCUCGACGGUUCCAGCUGCUCCGGUCAGCAGACCCCUGAUUGGUUAUGGGGCCAGAGUGACGCGGUACCAAAUGGGAGACCUCUAAUAAGCUUGACCUGA